AGAGGUGAUGUCUGCUUGGGCAGGAAGGAAUACAACUCCCAGAGUGCCCCUGUGCGGUUGUCAGGAGCAACCAAAGAAUGCAGACUAACAGCCCUGCUGGAGUCUGGAUUAAACAAGGACUGACUGCCUUGCAAGCCAGCCAUGGGUCAGGAUUAUUACUCUGUGCUUCAGAUCACUCGCAAUUCAGAGGAUGCCCAGAUCAAGAAGGCGUACCGGAAACUGGCCCUUAAGAACCACCCGCUGAAGUCCAGUGAGCCAUCCUCAGCAGAGACAUUCAGGCAAAUAGCAGAGGCCUAUGAUGUGCUAAGCGACCCUGUGAAGAGAGGCAUCUAUGACAAGUUUGGAGAGGAGGGCCUAAAGGGCGGGAUUCCUCUGGAGUUUGGAUCCCAGACCCCAUGGACCACUGGUUACGUCUUCCACGGCAACCCUGAUAAGGUUUUCCAUGAGUUCUUCGGAGGAGACAACCCCUUUGGUGAGUUUUUUGAUGUAGAAGGAAGUGAGGCAGAUUUGAACUUUGGGGGUCUCCGAGGCCGAGGGGUCAAGAAACAGGACCCCCCAAUCGAACGAGACCUCUACCUAUCUCUGGAGGACUUAUUCUUUGGCUGCACCAAGAAAAUUAAGAUCUCCCGAAGGGUGCUGAACGAGGAUGGGUACUCCUCUACCAUCAAGGACAAGAUUCUCACAAUUGAUGUGAAACCUGGUUGGAGGCAGGGCACACGGAUCACCUUUGAGAAGGAAGGGGACCAGGGCCCCAACAUUAUCCCAGCCGACAUCAUCUUCAUUGUAAAGGAGAAGCUACACCCUCGCUUCCGCAGGGAGAACGACAACCUCCUUUUUGUGAAUCCCAUUCCCUUGGGCAAGGCUCUGACCUGCUGCACCGUGGAGGUGAAGACCUUGGAUGAUCGUCUGCUCAACAUCCCCAUCAAUGACAUUAUCCAUCCCAAGUACUUCAAGAAGGUGCCAGGUGAGGGGAUGCCACUGCCUGAGGACCCCACUAAGAAAGGGGAUCUCUUCAUCUUCUUCGACAUCCAGUUCCCCACCCGCCUCACACCCCAAAAGAAGCAGAUGCUGCGCCAGGCAUUGCUGACAUAACUCUGGUGAGCUGAGGGCUGGAGCAGAGGAGGGGAGGAGAAGGCCAGCUGGGCCUUAUCCCAUUCCUGUCCCAGGAUGUGCAGGUGAGCCAGCCCACUGCACAGAUGUGACAUGAGGAUGGGACAGCCUGGGGUUUUUAAACUGACACAAUAAAGAUUUCCUAUCUUCCAACUGUA